AUCGUCAGUCCGGGACCAGGGGGCGUAGGUUUGACCGGCUUCUGGGAGGCUCAGACACAAUGAACCGUCAGACAGUGAGGGGCACGCAUGUUGGACCGGGAGAAUUAACACGGUCUUAGUGUGUUAUUGCAUGUAAAGGUGCCGUUUCUUUGUUUUAUCCAGUGAUUCUCAAGCUGCUGAGACGCUGUAUGGCGGUAACAAGGCUCUGCUGGAAGCGGUUUGUUCGUCCAGUUUGAUGAAAACGAGGUCGUGAUCAGACGAACGUUACCGUUAGCCCCUCCUGGUCGAUUGUUUUUUAACUCUUGUUUUUUUUUUUUUUUUUUUUUUUUUUUAGCUAAAUACAACAAAGCAAAGUAGAUAACGAUGUCGUUGAUUGCGUCGUCUGAUUAUUUCGCUGCCGAGUGUCUGGUAUCGAUAUCUAGCGGUCCUGUUCUACACAGACCCACCCCGGUCGCCCCCGCCAACCAGCCUGCCUCGGUGGGCCUGCUCCCCGGGGAGCCCGAAGGGUCGAGUGAGGACAGGGAAGUGCGGGACACGCUGAGGCUGGAGGGAGCUAACGUGGUGGCGGUGGCCGGUAUCCUCACCGACCUACACGGCAAGUUCCGCCCCAUGUCGGCCUAUUCGGAGAACAGCAACUCCUCGUGUGGUGGGGAGAGCGGUUACACCACGUUGUCCGACCCGACCACCCCUACCAUGACCCCCACCGCCACCCCGGUCCCCGGACAGCAGCACCAGCAGCGGGCCGGGGGAGCAGGAGGAGGGGUGAAGCGACACCGGUGCACUUUUAACGGAUGCGACAGAGUUUAUGGGAAAUCUUCCCACCUGAAGGCACACAUCCGGACGCACACAGGUGAGAGGCCCUUUCCGUGCGUCUGGCCUAACUGUGUGAAGAAGUUUGCCCGCUCCGAUGAGCUCGCCCGCCACACUCGCACCCACACAGGGGAAAAACGCUUCCAGUGCCCGCUGUGCAACAAGCGCUUCAUGCGCAGCGACCACCUGAUCAAGCACGCCCGCCGUCAUCCCGACUUCAAGCCAUCCAUGUUGGGGCGCAACAGGGUCGCGUCCUCAGCUUCUGAUCCGGACGUGCACAAUUAGGGUGGCGUGGGUUUGCUGUGCACUGACGGGAGCACAAGACGGUCAACGUUAGUUUCAAGUGAACCGACUACAAUCAGAUCCACUAGUUAGGACUUAGCAUUGCUGUGUUGCACUAAAAACAAAUGUGCACGUACACACAAACAUACACACGCAGAGCUGGAUGCGUCUCUGUGUCCACACAGUUGAGUCACAUGAACACUGUCCACCCACUCAACAACAACCAGGGUUGGGUUUGAAAAUUGUUACGAACCUAAGAGAACCGGGGACUCGUUAAGAAAUGCGGCUUUUGGUUCCACUUGUCGUUUCCUGAAAGCAAGACUUUGGACCUACUGUGCUUCCAUUUGCAUCGGCAGUUACAUGAGCGUGUGUGUGUGAUGUUUACAGUAUGGCAGACUAGGCUAAGCCUCAGAAAACCCAAUAAUGAUAGAGUGAAAUGUAAUCACUGCAGUUAAGGAAAGUUAGAGGCAUGAAGGUAGACUUACUGCAGGAUGAUCUGAGAAUGUAGUUUUUACUGUCCUGCAUCAGUAGCAGUGAUAUUAGACCACAAAAGAGUUUUGUGGAUGAGAUCCCAAGAAUUUAAUGCCAGGUAUAUCACAUAAAAGUUGCAAAAGUCCCAGCAUGCCUUGGAAAAGUACUAAACGGUGUUUUGCAAUAUAGCCUGCUGAAAUAAAAAUCAGUAGGUUUUAACUGCCAUAGAAGUGAAACACACACAGCUAGCACAAAUAUUGUAUUUCGUUUAAACCAAAAAAUCAAAUCAAGAAUACCUCGUUGUGGAUAUCCACCUGAUGGCAGCAUACGUUUAUCACAGGAAUUCUUUUUUGCUGCCUUUCGUAAAAUUUUGAUCUCAGGAUUCGAUAAGAACGAGAAUCGCGAAGCAGAUUUCAGUCGAUUAAAAUCAAACCCAACCCUGAAGGUAACCUCAUCGUCUCAAACUGAAACACUUUCACAGAUUGCAGGGAUUUCUUUAUAUUAUUGUCUGUACAAAUCUGCACAUUCAUCAUCAUCAUCAGCCAAAUAAUCCUCUGGUUUUCUUGUGGUUCAUUUCUACCUUGUUAGUAACCUUUAUUUACCAUGAGUAGCACAAUAUUGGGAUGUUAGAUAGUGAGGCGAUGGAUAGACGCUUGUUAAAAAUCUUUGUUUGUUUGUAGCUUUGCUGAUAUUAAGUUCUAGCGGUGACACAUUCCUUCAUGUUUUUUUAAUACGGCUUCAGUAACCAUCUCCGUUGAAGUCAAUAUUUUUUCACAUAUAUCCAAUUCAAGUGUAGAUCAAAUACUCAUUUUAGCCUGAAAGUGGAUCGAAUUUCAAUGUAGAAGAGUUGUUUGCACGCCAUCAUUAAGGCUCCACCAGUUAUCAUCAAUGAAAUGCUGACACAUAAUACACAGCAGUAUUAUGUCUAAACCUGAUGCAAAUGUAUAUAAGCUUUAAGCUUUUAAUGUAGAAAAAAAUGGUAAUGCUACUAGCAGAAUAAUACACGUGAUGAAUUGUAGUCCUUAUAUUAGGGGUAACAUACAGUACGUAUGCUUGAUAGAAUGGCAUUGCCUGUGAGUGUUGGUGUGUGCGGUUUAUUUUAGAUUUACCUUUUUUUUUUUUUUUUGUAUUGACAGAAAUGAGAAAUGUUUUGUAUGCAAGUUGAUUUUAAAAUUUUUUUUUUUUUCAUUUUGUUUUUAAGCCUGCUGCCUUCAAAGUAAAAGCAUUCACUUCCUCAUCGAGGGUUUGGAGAAAGAUGACAAAAUAUAGACACGUGCCAGUUAUUUCUUUUAACAGCAGAUAAAUCAGAGUCUUAUGAGUAGCAUCGGGAGAGGGGUGGGGCAAAAUCUUACUGUAACUGAUUAUGUGGAAACCAAAAACAAAUUCUGAGAAGAUUAGAUCAGUGGAACGUUUUUUUUUUCCCCUCAUCUACACAUUAUAAAUGUGGGCUGUGCAGUCGUGUCACUGAAGCAGCCAUUAAUAAUACUUGGGGAUGCACUGAUUGUGAAAUUCCAGGUCGGUUCCAAUGUCGGAAAAACAAAAAAUUUCCCCGAUAUCCAAGCCCAGUAUUUUUUCUACUCGUGUGUUUAGUUUUUGUUGUUGUUUAUUAACUCUUUUAUGCCCUGGAAACAAAGUAGAUCCCAGUUAAUUUGACACAACAGAUAACUAUCGGUAGAUUCAGUCUUAUAUCGGUCAUCGGCCAGUCACAGUUUUUGCUUGUAUAUCAGUGCAUCCCUGAUGAUAAAAGUUCCACCUGUGUUUGAUUUGAAUAGUGAUACACAAAUGUGGAUUUGAUCGGAACCUGUUCGGUAGAUUUAGGGAUGCUGGCACCUAAAUCUAUAUGAAAUGAUCAGUUUCGAUUUCAGGAAUGAACCCAUCCAAAAUAUUAGAUCCACCAUUUACCAAAUCAGUCAAACCUGUAAUGUAUUUUAUGUACUUAUGACCCACUUGUAGUGUCCAGGUCUGAAUAGAGAGUGUGUGUGUGCAUGUGUUAUUUCUUUUUUUAAUAUUUCCACUGUUUGUCCCGCUUAUGGACAUAUUCCUUUAACUCAGUGAACACUUCUUCAGGAAACUUUGAAAGCCUUAAACUAUGUCAUAACUACUUUGCACCAUGUUUACAGUUGGAUCAUUGUAUAGGUAUGUGUGCCCUCUUGCAGGCGCAUAACAGAAACUCAUUAUGCAAUAAGCACUUUUUUCUCACAGGUAUAUUUUGCUGGAUAGUGUAAUGGCUUGCACUGUUACUGUGUUACUCCAAGUGGGCACUGUGGAACUUUGUGUUGAUAACCAGUGGUUUUUAAAAAAACAAAACAAAAAAACCUGCCUUUUCCUUUCCUUAUUUUUGUGUUUUCUCAGUCAUCCAGGCCAUCUCUUUUGUUGUGUAAUGUGUCUAGAUGGGAUUGGUUUCCCCAGAUCUGUUUCGCUUUCCUCCACAUUAAGAUCGGCGCGAUUGUCUCGCCGAUUCGUGUCACGCCGUCUUCGUUUUCCCGUCGAUUUCAUUUUAAUUGGAGCUGUUUUCUUUGAAGUGAAUGCCGAGCUUUUGAAAGUUUUCGGUUGCUGCUGGCAGUGACCUUGAACGAGUGGACUGUUUAUCAGAGGAGCAAACGCGUCUGAUAUAGACUCUCAAGCUAUAUUGUCACAAGAAGAACAUACCUCACAGUCAAAACAGUUGUUUUUUUUCUGCAGUGUCUGUGUAAAAUCCAUCCAACCAGUCUUUCAGAAAUUCCUAUAAAACCAUCGAGCCUUGGAUUUUUAAGAAAAGAGUUGUUUUUAUCAGCCAGAUGGCCUGUUACGUACCCUCGUCCUUACUGACUCAAUAUGCAACACCUUUACUACCUGUGUAGCUGCUUCUUCUUUUCCUCAGUGACCUGUUGUUGUGAAUAGACAGUAGCAGUUUAAUCUCCAUAGUCAUUAAAGCUCAGAUCUACAAAGGGUUAAACUUCACUACUCGCUGGAGCAGAAGUUGAAAAAGGGGCAAUUAAAUACAAAGUAAAAAUAUUUGCAGACUGUCAUUUCACUGAGAAUGAUGAUUGAAUAUGUUCAAUCCAAAAUCUGUUUGCUCACAUCACUGAAUGUGGCUUGGAGUUGGGUCCAUUUCGGAUUUAAUUUUUGCCGCGCCGCCUCACCAAGAGCUGGGGGCAAAAAGGCAUUUUCUUUUUUUCUUGUCACCACACUAUCUCAGAUAUGCACAUUGUACAGAAAUGGAUGUUCUUUUUUUUUUU